CGUUCGAUCGUGCCCUUCCUUGUCGGUCGAGCCCUUCGUCCCCGUCCCGGUACGAGGACCUCGUUCGGACAGAAGGGGAGCGGGGAUGGGGGCCGAGGAGAACGCUGGAGGAGGAUUGGCAGUGGCUUCUCGGCGGCCGGAUGUAGAUUGGCCGGGAAUUGGAAAGUCCACCGGGGGAGAGGGGGAAUUCGGCCUGGCGAUCGCCUGUACCUGGAUGCUCCAGGGGUGGACUUCCAUGGUUUCUGCAACGGAUUCGGUGGUCCGGGGCUCAUGUUGGACGUUUGAGGAAAGGCUGGGUGGGGUGGCCAUGACUCCGUCCUCAGCGCUUUGAUGCAGCUUAGCUUUUGAUUCUGUCUCCGCCGGAUACCUCGACCUUCAUGGCCCGGCAAGUGGAGGGCUCGCGUCGCAGAGUUCAAUUUCGCUCUCCCGAAAUUGAAGUCGAGAAUGAGCGUCGAUCGGAAGAAUUGAUGUCAGUUUCGUCCUCCGAUCAACCAUGGCAGGCUGGCCUGCCUUCCUGCCGCUGCCAUGCUUUAUCGAAAGAAAAGACUGGCAUUGAAUCAUGUCGACAGCAUGGAGACAAGCGAGGGCGAGGACGAUCGUUCCGACCUCCGAUGAUCCACACUUGCUUCGGUAUCACGCUCUUCUGUCUAUCUCUCUCUCACUUCGUCCUCGUCCUGUCCCUCGACCAUUAUUUCCAGACCCGUGAUGGAUGCAUGGAUGAUGGAAUCGUCAGACCAAUUGCGUGUUCUCGGGCUUUCAGCCUCUCCAUUGCCCCUUCCAGUCUUGCUUCAGAAUACUGGAGCUUCAAGGUCUUGUGCUUCCCGACGGCUCGAAAACACAGUGCCUCCUGAUGUAGAUGACUGCGAGCAACAAAGUGAUAAUAUCGAACGAUGAUUGUGGUAGAGUAAACUCUGCCAGGAAAUAGCCGAAUUCGCAACUUAUGUCUACGAAAGUCAUUCGAAAAAAUGUGAACAAAGAAAAACAUGGAUGAUCUUCAGUUCCACUAAUUCAACUUAUUAAACGAGAAAUGACUUAGAUACAAGGUCAGGACUUUUGACAGAAUUGAUCUGUUUCAGAUG